CUGCAACCCAGACCUCAGCUCCAAUGUCCUCCAUCUGAAGCGGGAUGGCUUGAAUGGACAGAAUGCUUCAUUGUAAAAGGAAACAAUGUUCCAGGUCAAACUAAGUCUGCAAACAACCCUCACAAUGGUUCAAAAAAGCCUCUGGACAAGUCUUAUCAUGUGGCUUUCCCACACCUUGAUUCCAUGUUUGCUCACAGAUGGAGUGGCAGCUCUUCCUGCUCCUCAGAACCUCUCUGUACACUCAAUCAACAUGAAACAUCUCUUGAUAUGGAGCCCAGUGGUCCUGCCUGAAGAAAAAGUGUACUAUUCUGUUGAGUACCAGGGCGAGUAUGAGAGCUUAUACACAAGUGACAUCUGGAUCCCCAGCAAGUGGUGCUCACGCACUGAAGGUCCUGAGUGUGAUGUCACCGAUGACAUCACUGCCACAGUGCCUUACAGCCUCCGUGUCAGGGCAAUCUUGGGCUCACAGACUUCAGCCUGGAGCAUCCUGGAGCAGCCCUUCAAUCGAAACUCAACCAUCCUUACCCCACCUGGGAUGGAGAUCUCCAAGGAUGGGUUCCAUCUGGUUAUUGAGCUGGAAGACCUGGGACCCCAGUUUCAGUUCCUAGUGGCCUAUUGGAGGAGGGAGCCGGAUACCAAGGAACAUGCCAAAGUGGUGAGGAGAGGGGGCAUUCCUGUGCACCUCGAAACCAUGGAGCCAGGGGCCCUGUACUGCGUAAAGGCCCAGGCACUGGUGAAGGCCAUCGGGAGGAACAGUGCCUUCAGCCAGACAAAGUGUGUGGAAGUGCAAGGAGAGGCUCUUCCUCUGGUGCUGGCCCUAUUCGCCUUCGUUGGCUUCAUGCUGAUCCUCGUGGUUGUGCCAUUGUCCAUUUGGAAGAUGGGCCAGCUGCUCCAGUACUCCUGUUGCCCCAUGGUAGUUCUCCCAGACACCUUGAAAAUAACCAACUCACCGCAGAAGUUAAUCAGCUGUAGAAGGGAAGAGGUGGAUGCUUGUGCCACGGCGAUGCUGUCUUCUGGGCUUCGAUCUAGCAGCCUUGGGAAAGGGCCCAGUUGUCAAGAGCUGACAGCCUGGCCUGCAGGACGUAGGACUCUCGAGGGAGAAGCUGUGUUUCUACCUUUCAUGGACCAAGGAUGGGAGAAGUGAGGUGCACCUACCUGACUGCCUGUCCAUGCCUCGAAGUGACCAUCCGGGCAGAGAGCUGUGGCUAGCUGAGCACUGACAAGGAGUCAGGCACCAUGACCUCUGCCAUUUGUCAGAUGAGUGACCACAAGGAGAGACUUGAUCCCUCUGGUUCUUAGUUUUCUUAUCCAUAAUGGGAAUUACCGACACACUUGUCAGAUGCCUUCUGUCCGCCUCUGUAUGUACACAUAUACCUGGCUACAUCAGGGCUGCAGGGAAGCUGACAGCCCUGGGGACUGUGAUACACUCCGUUCCUCUGGAGAGCAGGAUGCAAAUGUGUAAUCAGAAGGCUCAAAGCCCACCUGGAAGAAGAAAGGGAGGAUGGGAACAAGCUCAGAUUUUGCUUUAAGUCCAGUGCCUGUGCAUAGGUGGAUGGCUUAGCAAACUACAGCAUACGACCAGGAUGAAGACCCCAACCUGGCUGAACACAUGAUGUGUACAAAUACUGUGUGCCAUGGAACACUGUGGGCUGUGGACUGGGUGUGCAGACUGAGGACAGAAGAUAAAAUGUGCACAAGGUGAUGAGAGCACAGAAGGACAUCAGCAGCAGGAAUGAGACUUGCGCUCCUUUGUCAUGUGGAGUUGAUAGAAGGCUGAGAUGAAAUGAAAGGGAAUGUCCCUGGGCAAUGCUUUGGUUCCUGGAAAAAAGUGGUCUUCAGAGAUUUAGUUACAUUGUUAGACUUGAGUCCAGAAAGGCCUAAAAGACACCUUUGGUGGAAACAGUGGGGUGUCGCUGGGCUCAGAACUCAAAAGAGCUGUGGGCCAGCUCCAUCUACUGGCUCCCAGUGUCAGGGUGAGGCUGCCAAGUUCAGGUUAGUAGGAUGUCAAGGAGCUGAGUUCAAGGCUCAGUAGGUACGGAGCCUGCAACUGAACAGAUCAUGUUCCAGUUUCACAGCCAGAAACCAACCCGAACUUCAAUGGAGCUAUAGGUACAGGCUUGCUGAGAUGAUCCACUGCCCUGCUGUAAAAAUAUGGCUGGAUUGCUUCAGUUAAGCAGCUCAAAUCUGGACUCUGCCCAUGUUGUCCACCAGUGACAGCAGAGACACACAUUGAGAUGGACAUUUUUUCCCUUUUUUUUGUUUU